CCUGUUCCUCGUCGUCUACCUGCUUCUACAUUGGGGUAUAAUGUGCACAAAUCUCGAGGCCUGGCGUCACGUGUCUACUGUGGUGAGUUUCACUGGGUGCAGUUACUCCGAUCGGAACACCGUGCGCAAUAUCGCAUCUUCGAUACCGAUCGCGCGAGGAUUAAGUAAUGAAGUUGGCAUGGGGGGUGAAUCGGGCGAAUACGUCGAGAUCGAGAUAGUGAAGGUGUGCGAGAGUCGAGUCGAGUCGGUGGUGCGAGUGAAUCCUGCGCCCGCCGCGCCGGAUUUCACGAAAGGGGAUGAACGGGGAUGAAAGCGAACGCACGCGUACUCUGCCGCAGCCUCCGGAACGGAGCAAGCAUGCCGAUCACCCCGAUCAUCUCCGCAGCUUAUUUUGCAGCCAGCACCGAGACGGUACAGCGAUGGGAAUUCUCUGCGAACCACUGUGCAGAGAAAAAGGGAUAAAUUCGCUAGCAUGUGAGACGCUCCAUGCGGGCAAAGAGGCUGUUUUCUCCGCGCAUUGGGAAGCGACACGACUUGUAUUCAAGGCUUCGAGGACUAAAAUCCCUUCGGAGCAAUUCGAGUCGCUCUAUUGGAUGGAUGCGACCGGAUUGCAACACUUCCCAUCUGAGGAGGAUUUUAUCAUCAUGAUCAAAGAUUUAACUAUCAAUAAACUCAACGUGACUCUUACACGACAUCAGCUAGAAAGACUCGCCCGGUUGCGCACCCAUCGAGUCGAGACCGAUGCCACGAGACGUCGGCUGGAGAUGGAGAACCUUUGGCCGUUGCUGCAAGAGAAUGAAUAUUUAAUGGCGAUUUUGUACGAAGAUAGGGAUGUGUUUCCGCAGCCGAUCGGCACGUGCGGCACAUUCUACGCGGUCGAGUACGUCCGACCGAUCGAAACACCCACGACGGUGUUAGCGUUGUCCGAUUCGAAACCAGAGUGGGCCAAAAGGUUAAAACUCGCUGUGAUGAUCCUUAAUCUACUCGAAGAGUUGGAGACGAAUUUUCCCGAGCCACUUUAUCUCUGUGAUGUGAAAAUUAAUCAUUUCGGUUUACCCCUGGGCGGGCAAAAACUGAAAUUCUUAGAUCUGGACGCAGUCUUCCCUAAAACCAUUAUCGAUCGUAUUAUCAGUGACGGUAAGAGCUGCGAAAAGCAUGAGGACUGUGAUUAUUUCGAUUGCCGGUCUACCUGCUCGAAGGAGAAACGCUGCGAAUCUCCGGUUCUUAAUAAUAAUUUACAGAUUAUUUGUGAGAAGAUUUUUCUCGGUUGGACGCUCUCAGGGACGAUAAUUAUUCCUGGAUUGCUCAUGUCGGAGCAUACUACUAGCACAUUGGCAGUGUUAUUGAGACAAUGCGCUAAUCCAGACGGCGGCACGACGCAUUUACCACGUGCGGCAGCGCCAGACAACUUACAGAAACGACUUUACAACAUGCUUAGCGAGAUGGAACAAGAAUACUCGGCAUUUACGUGAAAACAAAAUAAUAUUGAUAAAAAAAUUAUUUAUCUAAAAUUACGAAAUCAAGUGUCCUCUUUUCGAUGCUGAUGAUAAAAACUCUAUAAAUUUACAAUCAGAAAUACAGGAUUUAUAUUUCUCAUUAUAAAGAUUUUUUUAUAAAAAUUGAAAUCGUAAAAAUGACACUAUUUAUUUCAAGUUAGAAAUUAUAGUACGUAUGUACCUACAUACAUAAAAUUGCACACUUUUAUGUUACAUAUUAGUAUUGUAUGCAAGGUGUCCCAUAACUCUUAAUUUGGAGACGAGGUAGUUUCUCCCGUCAAGUAUAUUUUUCAAGUUUAGUACAUUAUAUAAAAAUAUUUUUUUUAUAUUAUUAUGAAAGAGACACUACCAUUAAAGAAACGUAGCGCGCUAUAGCACAUCCUUUGUAGGAAGAAGAACGCUUAUGUAAUAAAAAAUUAUUGUUUUGUUUAAAUAAAUUGAGAAUAUAAAAAAAUGCAUAUAUUAGGGAAGAAUAUAGAUUUUUACAAUUAAAAUGAGAAAAUAACCAUGUCCGUAAAACCUAAGGUUAUCGUUCUUUUCCCCAAACAUGUACUCUUUUUUUUGGGCGUCCAGGCGAGUUUUCAAUGUGUACUCUUUUUUAUACUUUUAGGACUUAGGAGCGAGCGAAGGGAUGAGUUAUUAAAUCGGACGUUAUUAAGUUACUGUGAUACUGUCACACAUGAAUAGGGUGACCAAACGUUCAAUUUUUUCCGGACGUGUAUUCCUUUUUUUCUAAAAACAUCCGGGGACAUCCAACCGAGUUUUUAGCGUGUUUGAGAUAUUCAUUUUGAGAGAGAAAGAGAGAGAGAGAGAACGAGGGAACUGGAAAUUAUUAA